AUGCUGCUGCAGCUAGAGCACUCCCACCUCCCUGCGUAUGCAUGUCCAGCCGGAGGACCAGUCAAGGAGCCUAAAUUCCCUUAUCCUCCACAUGGAGCUUGGCUCCUCUGGUUCCUGCUGACCACACUUAGCCUCCCCUGUAUGGCCCGGGCAGCAGUCUUCCGGGUUGGGGUGGUUGGACCGUGGUCAUGUGACCCACUUUUUGCCAAGGCCUUGCCAAAGGUUGCAGCCCAGCUAGCAGUGGAUAGGGUUAACCGAGACCUUGCGUUGUCUCUUGGAUCCACCUUCGAGUAUGUCCUUCUGGACGAGGACUGCAGGACCUCAUUGGCCCUGAAGAGCUUCCUGGGCUACUACACCCGUGCCUCUGCCUUCCUGGGCCCUUUCAAUCCAGGGUACUGUGACGCAGCUUCCCUGCUGGCAAAAAAUUGGAACAAAGCUCUGUUCUCCUGGGGGUGUGUAAACUAUGAGCUAGACAACGCAUGGAGGUACCCCACCUUCAACCAAAUAUUUCCUUCUCCCAUUUUGGUGCUAGUUAAAUUGGCACAGCACUUCCACUGGGCCAACAUGGCUGUGGUGGCGUCAGCGGAAGAGAUGUGGGUUGACACGGCCACCAAGGUAGCUGACUCCUUGCGCAGCCGUGGGUUUCCUGUCAGGAUGGUUCUUGCCACGAGUAACGACCCCGAAAGCAUGCGGCAUACCCUAGUCAAGGUCAGGAAGAUGAAGGAGUUGCGCAUGGUGAUCCUCUGCAUGCAUUCUGUCCUAAUUGGUGGAGUAACACAGAAGCUGCUUCUGGAGAUGGCUCUGGAUAUGCGUUUGACAGAAGGCUCUCUGGUGUUUGUGCCCUAUGACACAAUGCUGUACAGUCUACCCUAUCGGAAAGUAGACUACCAAGCCCUGCACAGCAACAGCAAACUGACGCGAGCCUACGACGCCGUGUUGACGAUCACCAUGGAUUCGGAGGAGAACUCGUUCUACCACGCCUAUCAAGAGGCUGUCAACACAAAACAGAUCCCUGCUCACAUCAGACCCGAUCAGGUAUCCCCACUCUUUGGCAGUAUCUACACGUCGAUUCUCUUCAUAGCCAAUGCUAUGCAAAGUGUCCGUGAUUCCAGAACCUGGCUCUCCGGAGCUAACCUCGCACAGCACAGUAAAAACAUUGUGUUUCAAGGCUUCAGCCAGAGGGUCCGUACCAAUGGCUCUGGGAUGGUCCUGGUAGAUUUUGUAGUUCUGGACACAGAUGGACUCUCCUGGGAACUUCAUCCCACCCACAAAGUGGAAAUGGAAACUAACAUGAUCCGUUACUUGGGCCGGCCUAUCCACUUUCCUGGAGGCACCCAGCCCAAGGCUGACUCCAGCUGCUGGUUCACUCAAGGGAGUCUUUGUUCUAGAGGCGUGGAUCCUGUCCUGUUACUAAAAGUCAUCAUGUAUGCAUUCCUGGUCAUAUUCCUCUCAACUGGUCUUGGAUAUUGUAUAAGGCGUCGCAUUAAUAAGAUCCGAAUCGUCAAAGGUCAGAACAAGAUCCUCCUCACGCUGGAGGACGUGACGUUCAUCAACCCCUCGCUCAGUAAUAUGAAGCUGAGCACAGAGGACAGUAAAACAGGUGAUGGAAGUAGGCGGACUUCGGACAUGGAUGCCAAUCUGAAAUCUCCCUUGACUACCGCGUCUUGUAUCACACCAGCCACGUAUGAAAAUUCUAACGUGGUCAUUUUUGAGGGAGACUGGGCUUGGCUGAAGAGACUUCCCACUGGGAAUUUUGGAGCCAUAACCCCAAAGACUGGUGACGUAUUUGAACUGAUGAAGGAUUUGCGGCAUGAGAACAUAAACCCCUUCCUGGGCUUCUUCCACGACUGUGGCGUCUUCGCCAUAGUAACCGAAUUCUGCUCUCGCGGGAGUCUGGAAGACCUGCUUCACAACCAGGACGUCAAACUGGACUGGAUGUUCAAGUCCUCUCUGUUGUUGGAUCUCAUUAAGGGAGUGAGGUACCUGCAUCACAGGAGCCUGUGCCACGGGAGGCUGAAGUCCCGUAACUGUGUGGUGGACGGGCGGUUCGUGUUGAAGAUCACGGAUUACGGCUACAACGACAUCGUAGAAGCUCAGAGGCUUCCCCACGCAGAACCUUCACCAGAGGAUCUACUGUGGACAGCUCCUGAAAUCCUGCGCGGGCCUUGUCCCAGUCAGAAUGGCACUCAGAAGGGUGACGUCUACAGCUUCUCCAUCAUCGUGCAGGAGGUGGUGCUUCGAAGCCCGCCCUUUUUCAUGCUCAGCCUAUCACCUGACGAAAUUGUUCAGAGGGUCAGGAAGCCCCCUCCUCUGUGUCGUCCGAUCGUGACCGCAGACCACGCCCCCAUGGAGUGCAUCGAGCUCGUGAAGCAGUGCUGGAACGAACAGCCUGAGAAACGACCCGACUUUAACGAGAUUUUCGAACAGUUCAGGAACAUUAACAAAGGGAAGAAGACUAACAUAAUUGACUCCAUGCUGCGAAUGUUGGAGCAGUACUCCAGUAACCUUGAGGACCUGAUUUGUGAAAGGACGGAGGAACUGGAGCUGGAGAAGCAGAAGACAGAGAAACUACUGACUCAGAUGCUUCCCCCAUCAGUGGCCCAGACCCUGAAGCUGGGCUCCACGGUGCAGCCUGAGCACUUCGACAGCGUGUCUCUGUACUUCAGUGACAUCGUGGGUUUCACCACCAUCUCUGCCAACAGCGAGCCCAUCGAGGUUGUCGACCUCCUCAAUGACCUGUACACCUUGUUCGAUGCGAUUAUUGGAAACCACGACGUCUAUAAGGUGGAAACUAUAGGGGACGCAUAUAUGGUUGGUUCUGGUUUGCCGGUCCCCAACGGCAACAGGCAUGCCGCAGAGAUCGCCAACAUGUCGCUGGACAUCCUGAGCGCCGUGGGAACAUUCAAGAUGAGACACAUGCCCGAAGUGCCGGUCCGCAUCCGCAUCGGACUGCAUUCCGGCCCAUGUGUCGCUGGGGUGGUGGGACUGACGAUGCCCCGAUAUUGUUUGUUCGGUGACACCGUCACAACAGCCUCCAGAAUGGAGUCCACCGGCUUGCCGUAUCGCAUCCACAUCAGUCUCAGCACUGCGAAGAUCCUUCGGGAACUGAACGAGGGUUACAAGACCGAACUCCGCAAGCGAACUGAACAGAAGGGCAAAGGUGGGGAAGAGACCUACUGGCUUGUUGGCAAAGAGGGUUUCACAAAACCACUGCCUGUCCCCCCGGAAGUCAAGUCAGGGCCAGAGAUGGAGAGGGACUUCAAGCUGCUGCUGCAGAAAGCUGUGAGGAGGUUGUCGGCUGUACGGCGGGUGGCCCGGGUCCCCAUAGUAGACGUUGUUGAUGAGAACUUUGCCAUUCACCAUCACUGA